ACCAAACCCUCCUCCGCCCUCCGCCUCCGCCCACCACCGGCGGCCAUGGACGACCCGCACUUCCUCGUCGGCACCCCCAGGAGCGAGUUGCUCGCCAAGAUGGAGCGCGAAGGCCGGGACCCUGCGACGCUCGACGUCGGCAUAAACCUGGUGCUCUAUUUCGUCUACGACUACCUCCCCGACCCGCCCGUCUCCCCCGCCCCCACCACCACCCUCUCGCUCGCCGGCGCGUCCUGGGUCUCCGACGGCGUCGACCGCAUCAGCCGCCUCCCCGAUGUGCUCCUCCGCGACAUCAUCUCCCGCCUCCCCGCCAAGGACGCCGCGCGCACCGCCGCCCUCCCUCUCCUCGCGCUGGCGUCCACUCUGGCGCUCGGCGCCCCUCGCUCUUGUGGACAGCCAUCUUCUUCCGGACGGCGGCGCGGCCGGGCAGUUCACCAUCGGCGCUCCCUCUCCCCGCGCCGUCACCGACGCGGUGUCCCGCGUCCUCGCGGCGCACCCGGGGCCCUUCCGCUGCGUGCACCUCACCCGCACCAUCAUGGAGGAGCACCGGGGCGAGAUGGCGCGCUGGCUCGACAUCCUCGUCGCCAAGGGGGUUCAAGAACUCGUCUUUGUCAACCGCCCUUGACCGCUAGACUUGCGCCUCCCCGCCACGAUCUUCAGCUGCUCCUCCCUCACCCGUCUCUAUCUCGGCGUCUGGAGGAUCCCGGACACCGCCGCCGUACCGCGCGGCGCCAGAUUCCCCAACCUCCUGGAGCUCGGCCUGCACCUAACCUGCGUGUGUUGGGAUACAUUCGGCCAGGAGAGCAAGAGUUGGGGAUUAGCAACACCAUCAUCGUGGCUGGGGCCAAGGAGAGCAUUGUGCCCACUGUCCAGAUUUUGGCCAUAGAGGUGCAAUUAGGUUGCCGCAAUUCUGUCAAGAAAGUGCCUGGUUUUCUCAGAUGCUUUCCUAACCUGAAGACCCUCCAUGUCCAGUCCCCACGCAUACCUAAAGAGUCCACUGGCAAGGUCAAUCUCAAGUUCUGGCAGGAGGGUGGCCCCAUCAAAUGUGUCCUGCAGAGCUUGAAGAAGUUGUUCUUCUACGAGUUCCGUGGGUCAAGAAGCGAAGUUGCUUUCCUCAAGUUCAUUGCGGAGAGAGGUCGGGUGCUGGAGCAGAUGGUGGUCGUCGUGGCCAAGGAAUGUUUCUCUCCGGGAGGUGAUGGUGUGAAUGCCAAGCUGAAGCCUCUGACCAACGCAAAAUGGAACAGCAAAGGUUGCAAACUUGAGCUCUUCAAGAGCCCACUCACUGAUGUGGCAGGUCCAAUUUGCAGCCACCGACAUGCUUCUGAUUUGAGGUUUGCUGACCCCUUUGACCUCAAGUACUACUACAAAUCCGAAACGAUCUAUGUAAGUUAAUUAGUAGCAGCAUGCCGUGCCUCUUUUGUUGUUGGGCCUGACAAUCAGGUGCUAAAAAACCUGCAUUUCUCCUGGCAAGCUUUCUGCAUGAUGAGGUUGUUUGUGCCAAGUCAAGACUUAUGUGGCUAGAUGCUGGUGGAAGAAGUAACUGAUCAAGUUAGAUAAAAAAUAUUAGUAGAGUACCUUGCAAGCCAAUCAGCAGGGCUUUCUAGUACUCUAGUGCCUAGCAGGGCUAUCUAGCAUGGUUUUUCUGGUUUGUCCAACUGCAAUGUCAUUAGUAUGUCGUGCAUUUGUUGUUACCAUGAAUCAAUCUGUUAUGCAUUAGACUUUUACAUGUUUUCUUU